GGGGAGGAAGAGCUUGAGGGUGAGGGAGAGCGAGGGGGAGAGAACGAGACGGAAACCUGGGGAGGAAAGACUGUAAGUCUGAGCGAAGAAGAUCUGGAACAGAAACAGAAAGACUGGAAGGGAAAGUGCUGGGUGGGGGGUGGGGGGCGGGGGAGAGAAUGAGUGAGAGGCGACUGGAAGAGACAGAUUAGAGCCUGAGAGACAAGGUGAGGCCAGAGACAGAGCCGCUCUGAAAGAAAGGGAAGAGUGACCAGAAGAGAGGAGAGACGAAAAGCAAAACGCGUGAGUGAGCAGGUGAGAAGGGAGACAGGUCUGAGAGGUCGUCCCCCAUCCCGCCAGAAAAGGAGGGACACUGCAGCUGGGGGCCCCAGCACUCACACGGCCCUCUUGCCCCCGCCCUUGGGACCCCAGAGCUGCCCUUGAUGGAGGAGGGCAGACCUCGGAGCAGCCUCAGCCUGGCCAGCAGCGCCUCCACCAUCUCCUCGCUGGGCAGCCUGAGCACCAAGAAGCCUACCAGGGCAGUAAGCAAGGUGCACGCCUUCGGGAAGAGAGGCAAUGCUCUCCGAAGGGAUCCCAACCUCCCGGUGCACAUCCGAGGCUGGCUUCAUAAGCAGGACAGCUCCGGGCUCCGGCUCUGGAAACGCCGCUGGUUUGUCCUCUCCGGCCAUUGCCUCUUCUAUUACAAGGACAGCCGCGAGGAGAGCGUCCUGGGCAGCGUCCUGCUCCCUAGCUACAGUAUCAGGCCAGAUGGGCCAGGAGCCCCCCGAGGGCGGCGCUUCACCUUCACCGCCGAGCACCCGGGCAUGAGGACCUACGUUCUGGCCGCUGACACUCUGGAGGACCUGCGCGGCUGGCUAAGGGCGCUGGGCCGGGCCUCGCGCGCAGAGGGGGACGAGUGUGGGCGACCCAGGUCACCCGCACGUCCCCAGCCUGGAGAAGGCCCUGGAGGCCCUGGUGGUCCCCCGGAAGUGAGCAGAGGGGAAGAGAGACACGGCUUAGAGUCACCAGAGGUGGCUCGGCUCUCCAGAGGUCGUGGACGACCCGGGCUGCUCACCCCCAGCCCCACAGCCGACCUCCAAUCUGGACCUCGGAUCCGGAGGACCAGGAGCCCGGACCUAUUCACACCCCUCUCUCGCCCUCCCUCCCCUCUGAGUCUCCCCCGGCCCCGGUCUGCUCCUGCACGCAGACCCCCUCCAUCCUCCGGUGACAUAGCGCCUCUUGCCAGACCCCAUACCCCUCUGAGUCGCAUCGAUGUCCGGCCUCCCCUGGAUUGGGGCCCUCAGCGCCAGACACUCUCCAGGCCCCCCACUCCCCGGCGAGGACCCUCCUCUGAGCCUGGGGGAGGAAGGCCCCCCAGGAGUCCCCAGCACUGGAGUCAGGAGGCCAGAACACAGUAUUCCUCCCAGGCUCCCUCUGGCUCCUCCACGUAUCUCCAACUACCCCCGAGAGCUCCCGGGACACGGGCUUCCAUGGUUUUAUUGCCAGGUCCCCCCCUGGACUCAAGUUUUCCCCAAAGCUUAGAGACAGAUACUCUGUUGACCAAGUUGUGUGGGCAGGACCGGCUCCUGAGGAGGCUGCAGGAGGAGCUAGACCAGAGGCAGGAGGAGAAGGAGCAGCUAGAAGCAGCCUUGGAGUUGACCAGGCAGCAGCUGGGCCAAACAACCAGAGAGGCUGCUGCUCCAGGGAGGGCGUGGGGGCACCAGCGCCUCCUGCAAGACCGACUGGUCACUGUGAGGGCUACUCUUUGUCACCUGACUCAGGAGCGAGAGCGGGUUUGGGACGCAUACAGCAGUCUGGAACAGGAGCUGGGCACCUUGAGGGAGACCCUGGAAUACCUGCUGCACCUUGGUUCCCCUCAGGACAGAGCAUCUGCUCAGCAGCAGCUAUGGAUGGUGGAAGACACGCUGGCAGGUCUGGGGGGCCCACAAAAGCCACCCCCCAUCACUGAACCUGACUCCCCAUCCCCCGCACUCCAGGGCGAGGAGUCAUCAGAGAGGGAGAGCUUGCCUGAGUCGUUGGAACUGAGCUCAUCCCGGUCCCCUGAGGCUGACUGGGGACGGCCCCCCGGGGGCGACAGAGACCUCUCCAGCCCUCGCUCAGGUCUUGGAUCUCCAAGGGUCUCCCGGGCUUCCAGCCCUGAGAGUCGCCGUCCGGCUUCCCCACAACCAGGAACCAAGGCCCCCCUCGCCCGGCCUCGGAUGAGUGCUCAGGAGCAGAUGGAGAGAAUACGCAGAAACCAGGAGUUUGGACGGCCUCUCCCUCGCCCGGCCUCACCCCGGCUUCUCACUCUGGGGGGGACGCUGUCCCCAGCCAGACGCCAGCCUGACACAGAACCGAGGCCUGUCCAGGGACACUCAGGAGCCCCCAAAUGGCUCAGAAGCUCUGGAUCCUGGAGCAGUCCGAGGAAUACCACCCCUUAUUUGCCGACAGCCGAAGGGCACCGGGAGAGAGUCCUCAGCCUCUCUCAGGCUCUGGCCACUGAGGCAUCGCAGUGGCACAGAAUGAUGACAGGUGGAAACUUGGACUCCCGAGGAGACCCUCUUCCCCCUGCGCCACCGCCUCCGUCAGAUACCACCCCCCAGGUGACCUCGCCCCCAAGAUCUCCAGUGGCUAAUUCCGGCUCCGCCGGGUUCUCCCGCCGGGGUAGUGGGCGCGACGCAGGCCCCGCCUCCUGGGAGCCCACGUGGGAAUCCGGGACCGCCCCUCCCGCCAUGACCCAAGAGGAGGGGGCGUGGCCUCUGCGAGUCACGCUGCUGCAGUCCAGCUUCUGACCCGCCCGAGCGCCGCAGCCAGUGGGAGCGUGGGGGCGUGGCCCGGAGGAACCGCCCCGCGAUCUGGAGCCACUCGGGGCGCCUGGGGGCGUGGUCUGGUCCUCCCGUUGGCUUGGGGAGGGAGACGUUUCUAUGGCCAAAGUUUGGUUUUGCCAACACUUGUACAAA